AAUGUUUUUUAGGUAAGAACGACAUUUUUUGAGCUCAUAAAGUUCUAGAACUAAAAACGUUCAGCUCAAAAUAAGAACAUUUGUAUCUACAAAUUCUGGGUAAUUAUGUAUCUCGUGCGAAUCUCCUUAUCUGCAAAAGCUGGCGCCAAAGGAUUCAAAGUAGCUGCCGGAAAACCUUCAACCCUGAUUGGCGCCCUUGACGACCGCUGGCCACACUGGCCGGCGGGAGUAAUCUGCGGGAGCACAGGCUCCAAACCUCGAGCCAAAGUGACUGAGUGAUGCCUAAGGAAUGCGCUCGCCGAAAAAAAGAAACAAAAAACGGGAAAACUGCAGUCAAUGUCUGGCCCAUAAAAUGUGCAAUUAAACCGCUGUAAAUGGGCCCUGUCAUCGCAGCCUUUUUUGCCAUGUCCACGAACGCACGUCUCAUUUGAACGCCAAACGUCGAGGCAAACGGACGCACGCCGGCUCGUCGCAGUGGUUGUUUAUUUUCGAAAUUCGAGUGUUCGAGCGCGCGUAUUGAAAACCCAGUGCGAGAUCGUGUGAACGGCGAUACAAAGAUAUCAUAUGCGGGAUUGAGAUACCUUACCUUGUGCCAUAAUAAUAAUACCAGCAGGAUAUAUCUUCCCGAUGCAGUGGUGAAGUGCUCGGUCAUAAUAAUGAGUGUAAGCGGAGACAAGUAAACUAAGAGCGAUAAGGUUACAGCACACAAACACACUGCGAGGAUUCCAGGGGGGCUGGUGACAUGUAACUGGAUCUGGAUACAUGUUGGCUCCUGCUCCUAAGACAACAGCCCGCUCCUUUGGUCGCACUGCAGAAACGGCAGAAACGGGAGCAACAAAAGCGAGACACCGGAUCGUAUUCACCACGUCAACGCAGCGAGUGUGCAGCUAAUGCUAAUGCCAGCUCCUUCAGCUAGCUCGCCACAUCGCCAGCAGCAGCAACAGCAAACGCAGGUGCCCCUGCGGCAGGUGCAUCAGUUUGUGCAUCACAGGAAGCGCAGGACAAAGAGACACCUCCUCCACCUCCACCUCCUCCAAUUCCCACACCUCCGAACGACGAAGCAUGGCGGUGAUUAAUAGAGCCGGAAAUGUGAUUGCCCUGCUGGCUAACCUCCAGGUAAUCCUGCUGUUCUCGCUGUCCGUUUCCGGAGAGUUGCCGCAGCUGGACUACGGCAGUUUGUCCGCCUCCCUGGAGGAGGAUGCCAUCGACCCCCUGACGGCGAUGGCUCCCUUUGCCAACUCCCUGGUCACCGAGGAGACGGCGCCACAUAGGAAUAAUGUGGAGCUGCUGGGAAAUAGCAGUGAGGAUGAGAAUGCCAAGUCGCCGCCUGGAUCCUCUGCCGCGGGAGGAGUGGGUUCGCCAGGAGGAGUGGCCGGCGGAUCGGGAAUACUCCUCGAGGAGUUCAAUAGCAACGGGAAACUGAGUCCCGGAGAGGCCAGUAAUACACUGCCCAUUUUCCUCAUCGAACCGGAGAGCGUGUUCGUGGUCAAGAACCGACCGGCGGUGCUGAAGUGCAAGGCCUCCCACUCGCUGCAGGUGAUCUUCAAGUGCAGCGGCAGCUCGCAACCGCCACCUUCGACGCACGAGACCCAUGUGGACCCGCACACGGGGGUCAACAUGGAGGAGGUCACCGCCACCAUCCACCGCGACCUGGUGGAUGAGUUCUUCGGGGACGGACCCUUCAAGUGCGAGUGCCACGCAUGGUCGUCGCGUGGCGUGGUCAAGAGUCAGGCGGCCACCGUCCACAUAGCCUAUAUUCGCAAGUCCUUCAACCAGUCGCCCACCUCGCUGCGCCUGGAGCUGGGCAGUCGGGCGGAACUGCGAUGCGAGCCACCCGGCGGUUUCCCCGAACCCAAGCUCACCUGGCACAAGAACAACGCGGUCAUCACCGCGGACAACGAACCGGGGAUCAGCGUUUCGGCCGGCACGCUCACCUUCCGCCAGGUGGCGCUGCAGCACAUGGCCAACUACAGCUGCAGUGCGGAGAAUAUUGCCGGCAGGCGCGUCUCCGAUUCCGCCGUGCUCAUCGUUUAUGUCAACGGUGGCUGGAGCACCUGGAGUCCGUGGCGCGAGUGCAAGUGUGCGGGCAAACCCAGCCAGGGAAGGAAGCGCUCGCGCACCUGCAACAAUCCGAUGCCGUUGAAUGGGGGCGCCCAGUGCCCGGGCCCCCAGAUCCAGAAGUCCGCCGACUGCGCCGCAUGUCCAGAGGACACUCAAAUCGUGAGCCCUGAUGGAUUUGACAUUUCGUCGAGUAAGCGCUUGGCCCGCUGGUCGGCGUGGAGUGACUGGAGCAUCUGCUCCGCGGAGUGCAUUCAAGUGCGUCGCCGGAAGUGCCUGACUCAGGGCCAGACUCAGAUUUCCGAGGCGGAGGAAGCCGGUGAUCUGCUCCUGGGCGCCGGAGUGGGCAUGGCCGCCCUCAUCGCCGCCGGAGGAGGAGUAGGAGCAGCAGGAGCAGCAGCAGGAGGAGGAAGCCCCAGCGAGGCGACUGGCUCCGGUUCCGACAAUAUCCCAGGAUAUGGCAAAUCAUUGUGCGCCGGAAAAGACAUACAAACGGCCGAAUGCCGCGGCGAGCAGUGCCAGAUUGGCAAGGAUGAUUUCGAUUGGACCCUCUAUCUGGGACUGGCGUUCAUAACCGCGGUGUGUUUCGCCUUUGGGACGGCGCUCAUCUGCUGCGCCCGGCGCGGCAUCCGCACCAAUCCCCAUUACAACAUGGCCCGAUCAGUAAUGGACGCGGAUUAUAUGCCCGGCGUUGUGGAAAAGAAGGAGAUGCGCAUGCACAUAGAGGCCAACAACAUGGGAUACGAUUACGUCAAUCCCGGACAUCGUUAUUUGCCCGGCGAGCACAUCAUGGCCAUGGGAAUCGGAUGUGGAGGCGGUGUCACCGAGCACCACUACGAUGUGCCCAAUCUGUCCGCCAACUACACCAAUCCCAUAGACCAUCUGAGCGUGGAUUAUCUUUCUGAGACCGGGGAAUCCUCCACCGCUGAUACCUCCAACUCCACCUUCGAUAUGAACGGCAAGCUGUCCAUACUGAACGCCUCGAAAAGCAGCAGCUACGAGCUCCUGGGAAGCGCUGGAGGACAGCUGCGACUCUACGGCGGAGAGCUGCUGCUCUUUGUGCCGGAGCACGCCAUCGGGAAGCACCUGAAGAAGCACGUGUCCCUACUCCUGCUGAGCGACGAGUGCAGUCGCGUGUCCUGCGCCACCGAGAGCUCCAUCCUGUGCAGCAGUGUGGUGCACAGUGCCCCGCGAAACUACAGCUUCGUGAAGCCGGUGAUCCUGAAGAUUCCCCAUUGCCUGGUGGCUCCGGAGCAGUGGCAUGUUCACAUCUACCAUGCGGACAGCGAGCACGACGAGCUGAGCGUCAACUGGCGGCGGGCGGUGUCCGUCGGCGAGGAGACCAUCAACACACCCAUGUUCGUGCAGCUGGAGGCGACGCAUGUGUUCAUCAUGACGGAGCAGCUGGGUCACUUCACCGUGGUGGCGGAGCCGAGGAUCCAGCAGCCCUCGAUCAAGAUGAAGCUGCUGGCCUUCAGUCAGCACACCCCACCCAGCAGCGCCAACUGCAGUCUGCGGAUCUACGUGGUCAAGGACUUCCCCAACAGCCGUGAUAUCUGCGCCAAUGUGGAGGCCAAACUGGGUGGCAGCUUCCUGGGCGAGAGCCAGGUCUUUGCCUUCUCGCUGAACAGCCGGAAUCUCAGCAUCCGGGUGAGAAGCGCGGAUGUGGAGGCGGCAGCACCCUACGAACAUGCCAUACCCUACCAGCACAUCCUCAGCAACAACUCAAUCCUGCACUGCGAGUUCAGCCUCAGGAGGCAGGAUCAGAACACCCUGUGCGUGGACUUCGGCCAGGGGAGCGAGGAUGACUACUACACCUUCAACAUUCCAGCCCACUCCAUGAGCGGAUCGGCGGAGGAGCUGGCCUCCACCACGAACACCACCAUCUCCAUUGACCGCCAGGGCAACUAUGUGAACGAGAGCUGUGUGAUGGACUUUGUCCAGCUGCCGCAUGCCACGAAGCGCCUGAUCUGCGCCGCCCUGGAUCCUCCGCGGUCCGACGAGCGGGACUGGCGACUGCUGGCCAAGAAGCUGAAUACAGACCGGUAUAUCGCCUACUUUGCCACCAAGGCCUCGCCCACCGAGCAGAUCCUGAACCUGUGGGAGUGUCGGGCGAACAGCAACCCCGGUAAUAGUUCCAAUUCGGUUUCGCACACGAUAAUGGCGCUCCUGCUGACGCUCAAGGAGAUGGGACGUCAGGAUGUGCUGGACAUCAUAGUUGAAACAAUUGGUCCGCUGUGGAUCUAAGGAGGCCAGGGAUAACCGAUCCUUUUCGGCAGCUUUAUCCAAAAGGAAUUUGGCGGAAGGGAAUCCUGUUUAUUAGUGCUUCUGAAACUAAAAGGAAAAGCUUUAGAACUUCCAUUUCCGCCAGGUUCAAUAAGAUUAGAAAACGAACAAAAUCUAACAAACUAAGCGUUGAUUUUCUCUGUUGAGUUUUUAAAAGUUUUUCCCAGUUUCACCUAUCUUCACCCCGUUUCCAGUGACAAAUCACUAUUUGUUUCCAAAGAUAACUUAUCCGACAAACAUUUAACACCUAAGAACUGAACCACCUGCAAAGUUUGUUAAAGUGAGAUGGGAAAAUCAGCGUGAGGCCCAUGGUCCCUUGUUGUUGAAAACAAAAAUGUUCAUGAGUUGCCUUUUAUUUACAAAAUGUAUGAACGACGCGAACGAAAAAACGAAACGAAAUCUGGAAAAUUGGAAUCGAAAUGACAGAAAUAUUGAAUCAAAGUGUAGCUGUAGUCAUAGUCCCUAAGUUACUGUAGUGUUGUGUUCUAAGGUAACUUGCUCAACGAACUCUGUUCCCUAUGGGUGCCAUGCAUUUUAUACACUAAACAGGAAGAAAGUAGCGUUUAAUUAUACUUGUGGCUUAGCAAACUUAUAGUUUUAAACACUAAACUCUAGUAUUACGAUUGAGAAACUGUUUGUGUACGAUACGACAGCUGUAAGAUACGAGUGCAUCUGGGGCAGCAGGCCAAAGUAUAUGUAUAGAGUAAGUUAUGGCCAACUACGAAGGACAACCGAAAAACAUUUGAGUUCGAAUGCGGGAGUUGUAAACUGUUUGCCAAAUCGUUGAUUUUCUCAGCCGACUCUAGUUACGAAUAGUCACUACAGAAGAGCAGCAUUUAGUAAUCAAAACUAAGCCAUAGCACACAUAUACCCGAAAGUAUGUAGCCUCUCAAAUGAUAUAUAUAUUAAAAAGCGUACCCGUAUAUGUAUAUUUAGUGUACGAUAUAGUAUUAGUUAUAAAACAAAACAACAAAACGAGUAGCUUGUUAGACAUACUCAAGUGAUAACCUUUGUAUUUGUCUCUAGUUGUAAGUCUGAUCCUGUCGUUUAAUCGUUAAUCAAGUAAGCAUUUACAGAACAAUGACGUAUACUUAGUGGCUCAAAAGAAAAGUUAAAUAAAAUUAAAACUGCAACAAUAA